UGCUCCGCCCCUGACUCCGCCCCGGCCUCGCUCAUCGCUAGUAGUAAUGGCCGCAGCUCAUCCGCAACCCGCGCCCUCCUCCACCGGGACUCUGAGUCCCGCUCCCCGGCCAGACGAAGAGGAAGAUGGGGAGAGCAGUGGGGGUGAUUCGGAGCGCUCGGACAGCCCAUCUGGGGGCAGGGACCCCUCGGGCUCGGGGAGCAGUACAGGGGCCAGCUCGGGGACCGACGAGGGGUACAGCAGCAGCAAGUCCGGGAGGAGCCCCAGCCUUGAGGGGGAACCCCUGAGCCGCAUGGACUCCGAGGACAGUAUAAGCAGCACCCUGAUGGACGUGGACAGCACGGUUUCCAGCGGCCGUUCCACUCCAUCCAUGAUGAACGGACAUGGGAUCCCCCCGCCUUCCAAUAAAAACGUUUACAAUUGCUGCUGGGACCAGUGUCACAUGUCGUUCUCCUCCAGCCCAGACCUGGCUGAACACAUACGUGCCGUUCACGUGGACGGGCAGCGCGGGGGGGUUUUUGUUUGCUUCUGGAAGGGAUGUAAGGUGUACAACACCCCGUCCACGAGUCAGAGCUGGCUGCAGAGACACAUGUUAACGCACAGCGGCGAUAAACCGUUUAAGUGUGUCGUUGGUGGCUGUAACGCCAGUUUCGCAUCACAAGGAGGGUUGGCUCGCCACGUUCCCACUCACUUCAGCCAGCAGAACUCUUCCAAAGUGUCCGCUCACCCCAAGUCUAAAGAGGAGUCUCCUUCAAAAGCUGGACUGAACAGACGGAGGAAGCUGAAGAACAAGAGGAAGCGCUCGCUGCCAUCUCUAGGAAGCUCCCCAUAUUCUCCUACUACAGUACAGCUGAAAGCGAGACCUCACGAUUUCUUUGACGCACAAACACUGGAUGCGAUCCGACACCGCGCCAUCUGCUUCAAUCUUUCCGCCCAGAUAGAGAGCUUAGGGCAUGGACACAGUGUCGUCUUCCACAGCACGGUGAUUGCCAAACGCAAAGAGGACACGGGAAAAGUCAAGCUCCUGCUUCACUGGACUCCAGAAGACAUCCUCCCGGACGUCUGGGUGAAUGAGAGCGAGAGACACCAGCUCAAGACAAAAGUCGUGCAUUUAUCCAAACUCCCCAAAGACUCGGCUUUGCUCCUGGAUCCCAAUAUUUACCGAAGUCCUAGUAAAAGGGUCACCCGCAGUGGAAGGCCCUGACCGAUCCUCCCCGCUCGCAUCCCGUGCCGGACUGUGCUGCAGAAGAGGCCGAAAAGACAGUGAGGCCACCAGUCUGCCGUCUCCUGCGAGGGAGUCGCUGCACGGGAUCCCCGCUCCGCUCCCCAUGCUUUGUGUCGACACGCUGUGAAUACGUGAACCCCGUCGCGCGUUCGUCCUGGCAGUUCGUCCUGGUGGAUCCGCUCGCCGGCUUUGCAUGUUUGCUGCAUCCAGACGCGUCUUUUUGUUAGUUUUUUUUUUGCCGUAGUUUGCGCUUUCUUGUGACCCCCAAACCGUAGGAUGCUCCGCGGAUAUCGGAUGGUGUUUGGGUUCUGCCCCACGUUCCCCAAUAAGCGAGGCCCCGAUGGGUUUCAUUCCCAGAAAACGCUCAAUAGAACGGAGAGAAUUUAUGCAGAUAGAAGUAGUAAAAAAAAAACUAUUUUGAUUACAUCAAGAAAAGAA